UUCUCCCUGGACUCAAAUCCACUAGAACAUUAACGCCCCUGUAAGCAUGAUCUUCCAGUAUCCAAACCAAAACAGAUCGAAACAGCGGUUUCAUUUUUCCAAACGGUAGCAGAGAGAUGGCUACCAAGACAAGAUUGGUCUCCCUCACUCUUUUGUGGGUUCUUAUUCUCUUUGCUACCCUUGCUUUCAUUCAGAAUCGUUUGAGUGAGGUUGGGAUUUCAUCAGAGCAGAAAGUCGCUAGUUACAAUCUCACUCAGAAAGAGAAUGUAGGGGAAGAGCUGGAUGAGGUGACCCAUAAGGUUUACUUUGACAUUGAGGUUGGUGGAAAACCCAUCGGUCGCAUAGUCAUGGGCCUCUUUGGAAAGACUGUUCCUAAAACUGUAGAAAACUUUCGCGCCCUAUGUACAGGGGAAAAGGGGAUUGGAAAGAGUGGGAAACCUUUACAUUACAAAGGAAGUACAUUCCAUAGGAUCAUUCCCAACUUUAUGAUCCAGGGUGGUGAUUUUACCCGUGGUGAUGGGCGGGGUGGAGAGUCAAUAUACGGUGAUAAGUUUGCUGAUGAAAAUUUUAAACUGAAGCACACUGGACCAGGGCUGCUGUCAAUGGCAAAUGCUGGACCAGACACCAAUGCAUCACAGUUCUUCAUUACAACUGUCAUAACUUCCUGGUUGAAUGGCCACCAUGUUGUCUUUGGCAAGGUGCUUUCUGGGAUGGAUGUUGUCCACAAGAUUGAAGCCGAAGGAAGACAGAGUGGGGAGCCUAUAAGUAAAGUUGCUAUAAUAGAUAGUGGUGAAAUGCCUUUGUGACAGCCCUCCUUAUCUCUUCUAAUAUGGAAAUGGCGCUUUACAGUGAUUUUGUUCAAUUUCAAUGUGAAUACAACUUUCACGUAGUGACCAAGUAAAAGCUCUUUAAGCAGAUUUGAGUUGUUCCACGUUUCUGAAUGAGUAAUUUAUUCUUUUCAUUGGCAUGAUGCCACAAUAACAUUGCAGUAACCUCAAA